AUGGGGGCUUUCAAUCUCUCUCCAUUGCUUCUUUCAUUCCUUCUUUUUGCUUUGUUUCAAACAUCCACCAUUGCAACCAAGAAGUCUUAUAUUGUUUAUUUGGGAUCACAUUCACAUGGGUUGAAUCCUUCUUCAAUUGAUGCUCAAAUUGCAACAGAAUCUCACUAUAAUUUGCUUGGAUCCUUGUUGGGAAGCAAUGAAGAAGCUAAGGAAGCAAUUUUCUACUCAUACAAUCGACACAUCAAUGGCUUUGCAGCUGUGGUAGAUCAGAAAGUUGCUGAAGAUUUAGCAAAACACCCUGAUGUGGUAUCAGUACUUGAAAACAAAGGAAGAAAACUUCACACAACAAAUUCAUGGAGCUUUCUUGGAGUUGAGAGUAAUGGUGUAAUUCCUUCAAACUCCAUUUGGAAUCUUGCAAGUUUUGGUGAAUCUACAAUCAUUGGCAAUCUUGACACAGGUGUUUGGCCAGAAGCAAAGAGCUUCGAUGAUAAAGAAUAUGGACCUAUCCCAUCAAGGUGGAAGGGAAGUUGUGAAGGUGGCUCCAACUUUCAGUGCAACAGGAAGCUAAUUGGAGCAAGGUAUUACAACAAAGGAUAUGCAGAAAUUGCAGGACCUCUAAACUCAAGCUAUGAAUCUGCAAGGGACCAUGAAGGCCAUGGAACACACACAUUAUCAACAGCAGGAGGCAAUUUUGUUCCAAAUGCCAAUUUAUUUGGGUAUGGUAAUGGCACUGCAAAAGGAGGUUCCCCUAAAGCCCUUGUUGCUGCCUAUAAAGUUUGUUGGCCAAAACUGUGGUUGUUUGGUGAGUGCUUUGACGCAGACAUUCUUGCUGGCUUUGAAGCUGCCAUUGCUGAUGGAGUUGAUGUUCUAUCUGUUUCACUUGGUGGAGAUCCAUCUGAUUUUGGCCAAGAUUCAAUAGCUAUAGGAUCAUUUCAUGCAGUUCAAAAUGGUAUUACUGUUGUUUGUUCUGCUGGAAACUCUGGCCCAGCUCCUGGAACUGUUUCUAAUGUUGCACCCUGGAUUAUAACUGUGGGAGCUAGCACUGCUGACCGGCUUUAUACGAAUUAUGUUGCAAUCGGAGACAAGAGGCACUUCAAGGGUGCAAGUCUUUCUGAAAAAGGAUUGCCAGUUCAGAAGUUCUAUCCAUUGAUCAACUCUGUAGAUGCAAAAGUCCAAAAUUUCUCAAACAAAUACGCGCAACUAUGUGAAAUAGAGUCUCUUGAUCCUGAAAAGGUAAAAGGGAAGAUUGUAGUUUGCCUUAGAGGAGACAAUGCAAGAACGGAAAAAGGUUAUGUGGUUGCUAAAGCAGGUGGUGUUGGAAUGAUUCUUGCUAAUGCUGAGGAAAAUGGGGAUGACAUUUCGGCUGAUGCACAUUUGCUUCCUGCUUCUCAUAUUACCUAUUCUGAUGGUCAAUUAGUCUACCAAUACAUCAACUCUACCAAAAUUCCAAUGGCUUACCUGACGCACCCAAGAACAGAGUCAGGAGUCAAACCAGCACCGAUUAUGGCUUCAUUCUCGUCAAGGGGUCCCAACUCAAUCGAUCCAUCAAUACUCAAGCCAGAUAUAACAGCACCAGGUGAGAAUAUAUUAGCAGCUUAUAGUGAAGAUGGAUCACCAUCAGGGCUAUAUUUCGAUAAACGUAGAGUGCCAUUUAAUGUUGAAUCUGGGACUUCUAUGUCAUGCCCUCAUGUUUCUGGAAUUGUUGGUCUUCUCAAAACACUUUAUCCUAAAUGGAGUCCUGCUGCUAUUAGAUCUGCUAUCAUGACCACAGCUGGAACAAAAGCCAAUGACUUGAAUCCAAUACUAAGCACAAAGCAAGAGAAAGCAAACGAAUGGGCAUAUGGUGCAGGCCAUGUUCGUCCAAACAAAGCAGCAGAUCCAGGCCUUGUUUAUGAUCUUUCCACUGAAGACUAUUUGAAUUACUUAUGUGCUCUAGGCUACAAGAUAAAACAAAUCAAACAAUUCUCCAAUGACACUUCAUUCGUUUGUUCAAAAUCAUUCAAAAUAACCGAUCUCAACUACCCGUCGAUCUCAAUUCCAAAUUUGGAGUCAGAUGUUGCUUUGAAGAUCAAAAGGAGACUGAAGAAUGUGGGAAGUCCAGGCACAUAUGUUGUUCAAGUCAAUGCGCCAUUAGGGGUUUCGGUUUCGGUUGAGCCAACUAGUUUGAAGUUUACUGGAAUUGAUGAAGAGAAGAGUUUUCGAGUUGUGUUGAAAAGUAACGUGCCUAAUGGUUUUCAUCCAGAGUAUGUGUUUGGGAAACUAGAAUGGUCCGAUGGGAAUAACCAUCGUGUUAGAAGUCCGAUUGUAGUGAAAUUAGGUAAAUGAUCAUUUGGGUUGAGUUGGAUCAAGUCAUGAUCGGACAAGUUUCGGUUGUGCUUAGCACAUUCUUUUGGAAAAUUCUUCUCUUGUUCACAGUGUAUUGUUAAUUAUGUACUUAGGUUCAAUGAUAAUGAAUUUCUCUUUGCUUUCGCUUUUUGUCUAUGCCAUAAAAACAAAGUAAUGGAAAGUUGAAUUAAGAGAAAUUUUCAAAA